AUGUCUUAUGGACAAAAGCAUAAAAAAAUUCAAAUUUUAUCUUGUGAUCUUUCAUAUGUAGAUGUUCAUAUAUCUGAGGGUAUAGUUAUAGAUGAAGGUGCAUGUUUAUUAUUACCAGAUGAAUUUAAUGAAUUUGUCCAGAAUUUGUCCAGAAUCGAGCGUCCGGAAAAUGUUCCAAAACGUGACCGUUUCCGAAUGGAUACAACUGCUGAUGGAAAUUGCUUAUAUAAUGCAGUAUCCUAUUUUUUUAUUCACAAAAACUCUUUAUCAACACAACUUCGUCUAUUUACAAUAUUAGAGUUGAUGGCAUAUGCUGAUGAAUAUCUUGUCUUAGAACAAAUAGAAUAUAGAAAUAUUUCACCAUUUGUUGCUGAGAUUAUGGAAAUGUGUCUUAUAGGAGCAUGGAGUCCAUUAGGUGCUCUAUAUGAUGAUGAUCCCAUUGAACAAUGGAAAGAAACAAAAGUAUCACUAGAGGAUCAAAUAAUAGCAAAUGGAUUUGUUGAAGCAUUUCAAAAGUCUAAAUCACAAAUUGGAUUUGGACAAUCAGCUGUUUCUAAAAUUGUUAAAAGAUCUGAAUUAUCUGCUAAUGCAUUGAUGAGAAAUGCUAUUAAAUUAUGGAUUGAGAAACAAACUGAAAGUAAGGCAUUUGUGGUAUGAUUAAAUUGAAUAAUAAUAUAAUUAAAAUAAAUUUUGUUUGAACAUUUAUUAUAGCUUAAUAAAAUAUAAAUGAUUAUAAAAUUUUAUAUAUUUUAUAAUUAAAUAAGUUAAAUAUAUUAAAUAUAUAUAAAAUCAUCACAUUUUGAUGUUGCCUCCUUGUCUUGCUGGUU